AUGGCGCCUCAGACUUUCACUCACGCGGACGGGCGCAAAACUGAUUACCUCGUCUCAGGGGCGCAGGAUGGGUUUCCCCUCAUCUUCAUCCAUGGCACGCCGGGCUCGUACACCGUCAGCGCAAAGUUCGCCGCCGCAUGUGAAGGGAAGGGCAUCAAGGUGAUUACGCUCUCGAGGGCCGGAUACGGCGGCUCGACGCGGAACAAGGGCAGACGGGUCGUGGACGCCGUAGCGGACAUCCAGGCAGUGCUUGAGCACCUGGGCGUCAAAAAGUGUGUCGUCGGUGGAAAGAGCGGCGGAGGUCCGCACUCUCUGGCCUGCGCGGCUCGGCUGCCAGGCUGCGUGGCCUCGCUGGUUGUUGCUGGUGUUGCCCCCUACGAUGCAGAUGGCCUUGACUUCCUUGCCGGCCAGGGACAGAGCAAUGUGGACGAGUUCGGGGCUGCACUCGAGGGAGAGGAGCCGCUUCAAAAGUUCUGCCAGGCCGAGCGGCCAGGGAUGUUAGCGGCAAGCCCAAAGGGACUGACGGAGGCGAUGGCGACACUCCUGCCCGAGGCGGACAUGAAGGCGAUACUGGAGGACGAGGACACAGGCGUGGAUAUUCUCAAGACGAUACAGGAGGCACUAAGGCUGUCGUGUGAUGGGUGGGUGGACGACGAUCUGGCCUUCACGCGCCCGUGGGGUUUCGAGCUCAGCGAGAUCAAGGUGCCGGUGUUCCUGUACCAGGGCACCGUGGACAAGAUGGUGCCGCUGGCGCAUGGGGAGUGGCUGGCUGCUCACCUCCCGGAAGGUAAGGUGAAGGCACGUCUGCUGGAGGGCGAGGGGCACAUUUCUAUUUUCUCGGCGUACAUGAACGAGAUGCUAGACAACCUUUUGGCUGUGGCGAAGGAGUAG